AUGUCCGACAUCUUCAGAGACUCGACUGUCGGGAGUCUUAUCAAUACCCUAACUAACGGACGCCUAUUCCCCCAUCCAGAGCAACGUCCUGAUUGGGUCCUCCCCGAAAACUUGCGACCUAAAGAACAAAGGAGCAGCACUGACGUCAAGCAGAAAGAAAAGAAUGCGAUCGAUACCCCGGGAGUACAAACUCCUUCAUCAAGGGACUCAGGGGAGAUCGAAAAAGGACUUGUCCCCGAAAAGGCUGCUACACCAGACAAACCUGUCGUUGGUUGGUACGAUGACAAUGACCAGGAAAAUCCAAUGAACUGGUCUCUAUUCAAGCGCUGCUUUGUAGUCGCUUUGACAUGUCUUUUGACGACUAGUGUCUAUACUGGAUCUGCCAUCUACACCGCCUCUAUUCCAGAUAUUAUGACAACCUUCAACGUUGGACAAACAACAGCUACGGCCGGACUAUCGCUAUACGUUAUCGCUUACGGUAUUGGACCCAUGUUCCUCAGUCCUCUUACCGAAAUUCCCUCCAUCGGCAGACGUCCAAUUUAUAUUAUUACCUUAAUCAUCUAUGUCGCUCUGCAAGUCCCGACUCUUUUCGCGAACAACAUCCACACCCUGCUUGCCAUGCGUUUCCUUGCUGGCUUUUUCGGAUCUCCGGCUUUGGCAAGCGGCGGUGCGACCAUCCAGGAUAUGUUCCACUUCAUCAAGCUCCCCAACGCUAUGGUUUUAUGGAGUGUCACUGCUCUUUGCGGACCACUCAUCGGCCCCAUCAUGGGUGGAUACGCUGCUGCAGCCAACGGCUGGAAAUGGCCACUCUACGAGCUCUUGUGGAUCACUGGCUUCACACUCCUCGUAUUGAUCUUCUGGUACCCUGAAACCAACGCAGAGACCAUCCUUCUUCGACGUGCAAGGCGCAUUCGCCAGAGGACAGGAAUCCAAGAGCUCACCAGUGAGAGCGAAAACAGACAAUCCCACCUGAGCUUCACGAACAUCCUUUUCGAGUCACUCCUGAGGCCUUUCCAACUCAUGACUGAGCCCGUCAUCCUCUAUCUCGAUCUCUACAUCGCUCUCGGAUAUGCGAUCUUUUACUUGUGGUUUGAGGCCUUCCCAGUUGUCUACGUCGACAUCUACCAUUUCGGACUUGGCGCAUCUGGCCUUCCUUUCUUGGGAUUGAUGAUCACAGCCUGUGUCACCGGUGUUUGCUAUCUUCUUUACAACAAAUAUGUCAUUGAGGCUACCUUCCUCCGCACUGGUACUAUCAUCCCCGAGUCGCGUCUCACAAUUGCCCUCUUCGCUGCACCAUUCGGCCCCAUUGCCUUGUUCAUCUUCGGCUGGACUGCACGCGCAGAUAUUCCAUGGAUCGCACCAACCAUUGGCGCUGCAUUGUACCUGCCUGGUCUCUUCCUUAUCUUCCAAGGCGCUGUUGUAUACAUGCCAAUGUCAUAUCCCAGAUAUGCGGCUUCAAUCUUGGCCGGUAAUGGUCUUUUCAGGGCCCUUCUUGGUGGAGCAUUCCCACUCUUCGGUCGCUCACUAUACACGUCGAUUGGCGUCGGUGGUGGCUGCUCUCUUCUUGCCGGUAUCACAAUCGCAUUCUGGCCUGGUCUGUGGUACCUAUGGAAGUAUGGUGCCCAAAUCAGAGCUAAAUCAAAAUACGCCAACUUCUAA